AUGUUUCGUAAUUUACCGCUGUUCGGCUUUCUCGCUGGUCUAGUGAUAUUCUUUUAUGUGUUCUACGUCUAUCAAGCACAGAAUGCUGAACUGAAACUGAUGAAAGAACAGUAUGCACUGGAAGAACAGUACGCAUCGAAGUUGAAGAACGACAAUGUC